AUGGCGCCCUCGUCCACCAUCUCCAAAAUCGUCGGCGCGCCAUUUCAGCUGGUCUGGUUUCUCUAUGACGUCGCAGCCGAGACCCCAACUCCUAUUCUGUUCCUAAUCUUCGUGUCGCUCAUUGGACUUGCUUUCGGACUUAUAUACAUUGUCCUGCACAUAGUCGCGCCCAAGCCUCGCCUACCGUAUCCAUCCGAAAAGACCUACAUCACCACCAACCCCGAUGGCACCAUCAGCAAACCCCGACUGCUGCCCUGCUGGUAUGACCGCUGGCAUGCCGAGAGCCGUCUGAAGGAACAAUCCCCGUCCUCUUCGCCGAACACCUCCUACCCUACCAUCCCCGCCGGCUUCCCCGUCCCUGACUUUGGCACCGUCGAGCUCGCCGAAGUCGAGAUCAGCGUAGUCAUCCCCGCCUACAACGAAGCCGACCGUCUCAUCCCGACCCUCGAAGAAAUGGUCGCCUACCUCGACGAAAACUUCGGCCGUCCCGUUACCUCUGGUCCCGGCUCCCGCCCCACCUCUAAGGGAACUGGCACCCCCAAGCCGCACCGGAACGUUUUCAAGGACGCCUCCGCCCAUAAGCGUCAAAACCCUCCUUCGGGCUACGAGAUCCUCCUAAUUAACGACGGCAGCACUGACCGCACGGUUGACAUCGCCCUCGAGUUUUCCCGCCAACACAACCUGCACGAUAUUCUCCGCAUCGUUACGCUCGAAAAGAACCGGGGCAAAGGCGGCGGCGUCACGCACGGCCUCCGCCAUGUACGCGGCGAGUAUGCGGUGUUCGCCGACGCAGAUGGCGCCUCGUGCUUCGGCGACCUGGGCAAGCUGAUUGAGGGGUGCGAGGACGUGGUGGAUGGAUCGAACCGUGGCGUGGCCAUCGGCAGCCGCGCCCACCUGGUCGGCAGCGAAGCAGUCGUGAAACGCUCGGCCGUGCGCAACUUCCUGAUGCGCUCAUUCCACUUUGUGCUGAUGAUCCUCACGCCGCCGGCGACGAGCCGGAUCAGGGAUACGCAGUGUGGGUUUAAGUUGUUCUCCAGGGCGGCACUGCCGCAUAUCGUGCCCUAUAUGCACACGGAAGGAUGGAUCUUCGAUAUUGAGAUGCUGAUGUUGGCUGAGUCGGCGCCGGCUACCCCUGUCCUGGCGAGCGAUGGAAGUGUCAUUGGCACGAGCUAUGGGAUCAAGGUGGCCGAGGUGCCGAUUGGGUGGCAUGAGGUGGACGGGAGCAAGAUGAACCUGGUCAAGGAUAGUGUCAAAAUGGCGAUUGGGCUGGCGGUGUUGAGGGCUAGUUGGAUGUUGGGGGUUUAUAGGAGACGGCUGGCUUGA